ACUAUGCCCUAAUCGUAUGCCUUUCGACGUCUUAAAAUCCACGUGUUGAAUGUUUUAUCGAUAGCGACCCGUUACCUCAGUUGACCCACUAAAACUUUUUUUCGCCUGAUUGCAGGACGGACAAAUAACAUUGGUUCCAGGUAGAUAAGUUCACCAAAGCUGCACUACAACUACAACUGACUGCUGUGUGAUUACAAGAAGAAGAAACAUGGCGAAAGACACCAGGAAAGUCGUCAUAGCAAUGGAUGGAAGCUACCACUCGGGUUUCGCUUUUCAGUGGUACGUAGAUAACCUUCGGCGGCCCAAUGAUUAUGUGUAUCUGGUCCACAGCAUAGAGCGAUUACGUCACGAACCUUUCAGUACCGCCAUGGGAACGGCUGACGUACAAGCGAUCUGUAAGGUCCUGGAGGAGGAAGAAACUGCCGAGAAGACUCUAGUAGACAAACUGAACCAACUUAUAAAAGAGAACCAAUUAAAUGGUGAGGUCAAAACGGGAAGUGGGGGAAAACCCGGGGAAGUUAUAAUGAAGAUAGCGGGCGAGGUGAACGCAGACACGAUCGUUUGCGGAAGUCGGGGUCACGGAAAGCUCCGAAGGACGAUGCUGGGCGUGGUUAGUGACUACAUCGUACACCAUUCGGAAGUCCCCGUGACUGUAUGUCGUCACAAACCGCACAACCCCGAGAUCAGGCGACAAAGUAGUCUGGAGAAAUGAUUUAUUUUGGUUCACUGGUGCCGGCAAAGAGAGCGUGUUCAAGCUGGAGGGUGUUAAUAAUGCCAGGGAUUUACAAGUGCCAUAUUUUUUUUAUAUAAAAAAGAAACCAUUAAUUUUUGUCACAGUUUUCGUAUUGCAUGUGUGUUCACUGUUCAAUGAGAAGUUUGUUUGUUAAGUGCGUUUCGUAUACAAAAUAAAUUUUCAUGAAUGUA